CUGCUACGUUUCCCAGUAAAUGAAAGUAAAAACCAGCUCUGUUAAAAGUCCGUCGCUGCUCUGCUCUAUGAGACAUAAGGAAGUAGAUCAUCUACAAAACACACAGACGAGUGAAAGAGUUUAUUUAGCAUUCCAACAACAUGCCCCUUUUAAAUGGAAAUCAAAAUGCCAGAAAGGAAGAAGACUUUGCUGGAAAGAAACUCAAAGCCCUGCCCUAUGAGCUGCUUCAGAGGGGUGGAGAUGCAGUCAAGGUUGAUCUACAGAAGAACAGACUCAAACAAAUCAAUGGGAUCUCUCAACUGAAAAACCUGACGGAGCUCAACCUGAGCAGGAAUGAGCUCAGCGAUUUCCCUGUGGAUAUUACAGGGUUAUACCAACUGGAGAAACUUUAUAUCAAUCAGAACAAUAUCAAAACCAUUCCAGAAAAUGUCUUUCCAUCCUUAGAGAAACUUCGAUUUCUGAAGUUGAGCACCAAUCGGCUAGAAAAGCUACCCCAGGACAUCAACAGGUGCCUACAUCUCAACUACCUAAACCUGUCCAACAACUGCCUGAGGAAUUUGGAUUCUCUCGUGGGUCUUUCACACCUAAAAGAGCUUUAUGUCGAGAGGAACCAGUUAGCUGAGCUACCAGAACUUCUCUUUCUAAACAAUAGCUUAACUCUGUUCAAAGCUAAUGGUAACCCUCUUAGAAAGCCCCCUCAGGAGGUCUGUGCAGGGGGAUUGAGAGAUAUCCAGAGUUACUUUGCAAUGCUUGAGGCGGACGCCCCAGAUGUCUGCACUGUGAAGACUAUGUUUCUUGGGAGCUCCAUGGCAGGGAAAUCCACUCUGUGCCGCAGUCUGAAGCAGGGUUGCCCUGUAACAGUGGCCGAGGAAGACCGGACUGUAGGGAUUGAAAUAAGUGAAGUUGGUAGUGAGGGUGUCCGUUUUUUCUUUUGGGACUUUGCUGGACAAGAGGAAUACUACAUCACCCAUCAUGUAUUUAUAACAGCUCAAGCCUUUGUCAUACUUGCCAUCAACCUUUCCAGUUACAACAUGGAUGCCCAGAGUUUCAAGGAGAAAGUGGGCUUCUGGAUCAAAAAUCUUCAGCUUAAGAUUCCCGACUCAGUAGUUCUGCUUGUGGGCACUCAUAUUGACCAGUGCACGAAAGAGAAUGAGGUGAAAGAAAAGAAAAAACACAUCGAAGAGCAGGUGAAGGAAAUGCUUGAAACACAUACAACUAAUUUGGAGCGGCGGAUGAAGAACUUCCAGGAAAUGGAGGACUCAUCUUUGUACUAUGACCAGAUAAAUCAGAUUGAGAGACUGACUGAGUACAAACUAAAGGUGGUUGACUUUAUUCCUGUAGAUUGCACUGAACAAGCGGACAUCGACAAGCUACAUUCUCGCAUCAAACAUGAGGUUUUAAACAAAGAGACAUUUCCAAGCAUCGAACAGACAUUACCCAGAUGCUACUGUGAGGUGGAGAAUGAAAUCCAAGAACUCCUGAAAAACGGUGACAUUGCUGAGCAUGGAAUUGUGAGUCAAAGCUCCCUCUUGUAUGAACUAAAGAACAGACAUGAGACACUGGACGAUGACAAACUAAAGUUAAUUCUUCAGUAUCUCCACCGAAUCGGCGUCAUUAUGUGGUACAAGGAAAUCCCGGAAUUGGCGGGUUCUUUGUUUGUAAAGCCAUCAUUCCUCAUCUCAUUGUUCAAGACUAUUGUGAGACAUGACCUAGUCCAGGAGCUGAACAAGAUUUCCCCUGCACAGCUGAAGUCAGAAAAUGCACUUGUGAUACAGAAGAAACGAUGGAUCAGUGACUAUAAAGACAGAGCGUCCUUAAACAAUGUGGCUAUCAGGAUCCUGGUGCGGAAUGAGCUCCAGAAGAAUAAUUAUGGCAUUACUGAUGAAGAGCUAAUUGAGGAGGUGGUUGGGUCCAAAAAGAGGGAAGGAAGUCUUCUUUCACUACUAAAGCACUUUGAUGUAUGUUUGUCGACCAAACAUAACAGCCCUCUCAAUCCGAAAGCCAACGAAUUCUGUCCGCAGAAAAAUUGGAAGCCCUCAAAUCCGAUUGUGUAUGAGCCAGAUGCUUGUCUGUUCCCAAGUUACCUGUCAGACAACAAACAGGUAGAGCAAAAGUGGGAAUCAGACAAUACGGAGGACCUGAAUAUCCAUGUUUACUUCCUACCUGAGAUACCACAUGGUUUCUUUCACAGGCUUGUGAUCAGGACAUGCUCCUUAUACUCUCCAUACUGGAUCGGAAAAGACCAGUGUGUGCUGUGCUGUGGUGACAAACGGUUUCUGCUCAGAGAACACUGUGAUGAGGACCAAUUCAUUGAGAUCCGCUGCAAAGAGAGCGAGCUUGAAACCCCAGGAGAGAUCCAGAAAGCAUGGGGAGUGAUAAGGGAGAUUAUGAAACGGCUGAACACACUGACAGAGCAGUGGCAAGGGCUGUACCUGACUGUCCACAGUCCCUGUAAAUCCAGUGACUGUGAUCAGUACUUUCAAUGGAAUGACUGGCAAGAAUGGCUAGAAGAUUCAGGGACGAGCAAAUUUAAUGUAGGACUAGAGGAGAAACAAACUUGCCCUAAUGGACACCAACGAAGGACGGAGUUGCUGUUCCCUAGAACUCCUGAUGCUUCGACCUAAGGAGAGGACACAUGGAACCGAUAAUACAAAUAGAAACUCACUUUACUGGACGGAAAAGGUUGUUAAAGCCCCACAUCAGACUACAAAUGUAUCAUUGCUUAAACAUUGUAAAACACAACUUGAACAUGUUUACGUAAUGAAUUAAAUUUGCACAGAAAAUAGCAUUGUAAAUGUUUUCAACAUGUUAUUACACAAAUUGUAAUAGCUCCAAAUCAUUGAAUGUAGCCUAGAUCACACUUACAAUAGUUAUUUUAUAUUUUUUGAUUUAGUAUGGAAUGGAGAAAUCUCACUUUAUUUAGGGGAACAUAAGAUUUGUGUAGUCUACUCUUUGUAAGAAAUUGUUCGUAUGUCGUCUUGUAGAAACAUAUUGUCGCCGCUAGGGGGAGCGCUUUAUACAUUUACGUUUUACAGUGCAUUUUGUUUGAGGACUUUUUGUGGAAGGUAAAUUAUUGCUGCUGUGGAGUCCUGGCUUAAACAUGUAAUGAAUUGUUCAAUAAAGUUAUCCAGAUACAAAGUUU